AACCCUGCACACGACACUGUGCUGUGUGGUUAAACCCAUGCAUCAUGGAAAUAAAAGCCUGUAUAACACAGGUAUCUCCUCACACACUGUGUUUACUGUAACCACACACAGGUAAGCCACGCCCACAGCAACUAAACAGGUGAGACUGAUCCAUCCGGAAACAUUUGCCUCCCAAAUCCUCCACAGGACAUGACACAGGACACGAUACGAAACGAAAGGACAGAGGAGCUGCUGUACACAACCCCGACCCUGAGCCAGAAAUCCACCCAAAACCUCAGUCAUGAACUGGACUUUCCUGCAGAGCGUUCUGAGCGGCGUGAAUAAAUACUCCACUGUGAUUGGUCGGAUUUGGCUCUCGGUGCUCUUCAUCUUCCGCAUCCUGGUGUUCGUGGCCGCUGCUGAAAACGUCUGGAAGGACGAGUCGAAGGAUUUCGUGUGUAACACCCAGCAGCCGGGAUGCGAGAACGUCUGCUUCGACCGGUUCUUCCCCGUGUCUCAGGCGCGUCUGUGGGCUCUGCAGCUCAUCAUGGUGUCCACGCCGUCCCUGCUGGUGGCCCUGCACGUGGCCUAUCGCGAGCACCGCGAGAAAAAACACGGACGCAAGCUUUACGAGGACAGAGGCAAGAUCGACGGUGGGCUGCUGUGCACGUACCUCCUCAGCCUGGUCCUGAAAACGAGCUUCGAGGUGGGCACGCUGCUCAUCUUCUACUACGUGUAUAACGGAUUCGACGUUCCUCGGAUGUACCAGUGCGAGGAGAUUCCCUGUCCCAACACGGUGGACUGCUACAUCUCCAAAGCCACGGAGAAGAAGAUCUUCCUCUACAUCAUGGGCUGCACGUCUGCCCUGUGCGUGGUCCUGAACGUGACGGAGAUGCUCUACAUCCUGUCCAAGCAGUGCUGGAAGUGUUUCAGUAAGAGGUACGUCCCUGUGGAACAGAAGACAUCGUGUAGAUGUCACGCCCACUCCAAGUCUUCACUCGCUCUCGGCUCGGCCGGACAGAAACCUGUAACGUACGCUAGCAAAGAGGACGGGGUUCAGGUUCAGCCAACGCAGGCUGUGAAGGAAUCUCCGACGUGAUUAACACACGGCACGUGGACUUCCUGUUACUGUUAUUCCGAGAAGCAGUGCAGUUUUCCAAACAUCAAUUACACAGACAUUUUUAAAGACUACAGACACUAAAGACACCAACCUGAUUAGCGCAGAUGUGAUCAUCCUCUUCAGCAGCAUUUUUUUUUAUAAACAAACUAAUAUUAAGACCUGAAUUGACAAAAUGAACUGAGAUAUUUUGGAUUUUAUUUUCCACCAAGCUGAGAUGCGCAUUCACAAUUCAUUUUAGUGUAAAUCUUGUAUUUCUUCAUUUUAGUGGAAAUGUAGAGUUUAGGUUGAAAGCGGUCCUACAAUGUGUCUUCAAGUUUAAUAAAAGAACAUGUUUUCGAAAGAUCUCAGAAAUAAACUAAAUUAAGGAUUAAAAAAGCACUUUAUACAUGAAAUCAUGAUCAUGAAAAUAAUGACAUAAAUGCUUCAAGAGUCAUUAAUUUCUUUCACCAAGCACCUUUUCCACUGCACAAACCUUUAGAGAUUAAAGUGAAUCUUUUUAGUGAUUCGAGUCAUUUGAGUUCAGUUAAAUGAUUCAUUUAGAUUCAUUCACUGAUUCGUUCAGUUCGCCCAGAUGUGCAGCCUGAUCAUCUAACGCGGACAACAAACAGCUCGAGUAGCGUAAAACUCUCUCACUGAACAACACUCGUAGCACUCGGUGACCGAAACGACUCACUGACUCGGUGGUAUUUGGGGGGCGGGGUUUGCAUUAGUGACAUCACUGUUACUGUACUAGCUGCUGCUAGUUUCCCCAAAUUGCUAUGAUCGGCCUCAGUCUACUGCAUUUUACAAUUAUAUGUGAAUUAUUUUAUUUACACUGAAUAAGUUUUACUAUUUAUUAAAAAUAUUUGAUGCACCUAUAAUCAAGUGAUAAAUACAUAUAUACACACUAUACAUAUAUAUACAUAUACACACAGUAAGAGUAGUGUAUUUUAUUCUUGCCGUCCACUGAAUUAUGGAAGUAGCCCUUAAAAAAAAAAAAAAAAAGAGGCUAACAUUUUAUUUUUGUUUGAUUUUAUAAUAAAUGUAUAACUACCUGUGUAUCCCUGUGUGCCAGCUAAAUGUACCUGUAAUAAUACAAACCUGAAAUGUAAGUAUAUAAACCAAACCUGAAUAAAACACUGCUAAUCAUUGUGC